AACACCCCGAGAAGAAAAAGAAGACGUCCUCUCUCUCUCUCUACAUCUUUCCUCUUCCCGCCUUUUCGAAAGCAGGAGAUUCCUUCAAAUUCAUUCCGUUUUGGUUGACACCGCAUCGUGUAGUGACAAUAUACUUUACUGAUCCCUAAAUAUGUUUGUUCUAUCAAUUGCUCUGUUGUCUUGCACAACACUAUGUGCAGCUACCACUGAAUGGUGGGGAGACCUUCGUGCACAUCUCAAUCCAGCUCGUCAAGCACCAUUCUAUGAUGUAACCUAUGACGAGAAAGUUAACGUCUGUCCACAAGGACUUCACGCAGAUGCUAUUCCUGAGUAUGUCUACUUCGGAACAAUGCUUGCAACAAUGACUGUUGAUGAGCACGAUCAAUGUCUCCAGAAGUGCGCCGAAAAGCCACGUUGCAAAGCAGUCAACUUCUUCCAUCCAUUUGCAUAUCAGGAGAAAGGUUUUUGCGAGUUGCUCACUGAAGGACAACUCGACAAUCCAUCAUUGAUGCGCCCAUUCCGCAAAGCUACUUAUUACGAGAAAAUUCGUUGCCGUGAGCUUGAUGAUGUUGAGGACGUUGAAGAGGCAGCACCAAUCGGCUCGGAAAUCACAGAAAAGCUUCCAGAAGACAUGGCUCGCGAGAAGAAACUCGACAUGAGCAAGUUGAUGAAGAAGCUUUCCGCCAAGGUUAAGGAAUUUAAUGGAGGCGCUGGCGGAUUCCGUGCGGCUCGCUAAUUCCUUCUUCCAGGAGUUAUUCGGUAUUUCGUUUAUCUUGUCUGUACCAUACAAUUUAAUCAUUCUUGAAAAUCCAUAAUAUUUUUCUUAUUUUUUUUCUCAUUUUUCCCUGCUCUUGCUACAUGUCCCUCAGCGAUCUCUUCUCCUUCUCAUGUAAUUUCGGGUUCUUCAAAAUGCUUCCAGUUGUUUUUGUUCCCGAUUCCAAAAUUCUAGAACUUUCCUAGUCAAAAGUGUAGAUCCUUCUCUUCAUGUUUUCUCUCUCAUUCUCCGAUUUGUGUGAAACCACCUUUACGUGUACGUAUUCGAUACUUUUGCAAAGAAUAAACCCUUUUCUUCUUCA